UAGCAUUUGGAAGAAGAGGCACAAGGGGCUGACACCAGUUGGGUGCCCUUUGCCUAGGUGAUUCCUGACCAGCUGGAUAAAUUAUCAGUUUAGGUAUCGAUUGCAGUCAAGAAGCCGCCCCCUUAUGUGCUUGCUGUGUGCUGUGCUUCCUUGCAUGAGUCUGCGACAUGCCUAAUAAGAGACGAGAUGGGCCAGGGCGACGAGAGCGAUCGCAUCGUGAUCAACGUGGGAGGGACUAGGCACCAGACUUACCGCAGCACCCUGCGCACCCUGCCCGGCACUCGGCUGGCCUGGAUCGCUGAGCCCGAUGCCCACAGCCACUUUGACUAUGACCCGCGCACAGACGAGUUCUUCUUCGACCGGCACCCGGGCGUCUUUGCCCAUAUCCUGAACUACUACCGCACAGGCAAGCUGCACUGCCCAGCGGAUGUGUGUGGGCCUCUGUACGAGGAGGAGCUGGCCUUCUGGGGCAUUGACGAGACCGAUGUGGAGCCCUGCUGCUGGAUGACUUACCGCCAGCACCGGGACGCCGAGGAGGCGCUUGACAGUUUUGGUGGGGCACCACUGGAUAGCAGUGCUGAUGACGGAGAUGCAGAUGGCACCGGAGACUCUGGGGAUGGCGAGGAAGAGCUGGAGAUGACUAAACGCCUGGCACUCAGCGACUCACCAGAUGGCAGGUCUGGGGGCUUCUGGAGAAGGUGGCAGCCCCGAAUCUGGGCACUUUUUGAAGACCCCUAUUCCUCCAGAUAUGCAAGGUACGUGGCAUUCGCCUCCCUCUUCUUCAUUCUGGUCUCCAUCACCACCUUCUGCCUCGAGACCCAUGAGAGAUUUAAUCCCAUCGUGAACAAAACAGAGACUGAAUUCAUUGGCAAUGACACCCACGUGCGAUACUACAGGGAAGCGGAGACCGAGGCCUUUCUGACCUACAUCGAAGGCGUCUGUGUGGUCUGGUUUACAUUUGAGUUCCUGAUGAGAAUCACUUUCUGCCCAAACAAGGUGGAAUUUAUCAAAAACUCUUUGAACAUCAUUGACUUUGUGGCCAUUCUGCCUUUCUAUUUGGAGGUUGGACUCAGUGGCCUGUCUUCCAAAGCUGCUAAGGAUGUCCUGGGCUUCCUACGAGUAGUCCGGUUUGUGCGAAUUCUGCGAAUUUUCAAGCUGACCCGCCACUUUGUGGGGCUGCGGGUCCUGGGACAUACUCUCCGUGCCAGCACAAAUGAAUUCUUGCUGCUCAUCAUAUUCUUGGCAUUGGGCGUCUUAAUCUUUGCCACGAUGAUCUACUAUGCUGAGAGAAUAGGUGCUAAACCCAAUGAUCCUAGUGCCAGUGAACAUACACACUUUAAAAAUAUCCCCAUCGGCUUUUGGUGGGCUGUUGUCACCAUGACUACCCUGGGCUAUGGAGACAUGUAUCCUCAGACUUGGUCAGGCAUGCUGGUGGGGGCUCUCUGUGCUCUUGCAGGCGUGCUGACCAUUGCCAUGCCUGUCCCCGUCAUUGUGAACAAUUUCGGAAUGUAUUACUCCUUAGCUAUGGCUAAGCAGAAGCUACCAAAGAAAAAAAAGAAGCAUAUCCCGAGGCCACCCCAGCUGGGAUCCCCCAAUUAUUGUAAAUCUGUCGUAAACUCUCCACACCACAGUACUCAGAGCGACACAUGCCCACUGGCCCAAGAAGAAAUUUUAGAAAUUAACAGAGCAGAUUCGAAACUGAAUGGUGAGGUGGCCAAGGCGGCGCUGGCAAAUGAAGACUGUCCCCACAUAGACCAGGCUAUAACGCCUGAUGAGGGCCUGCCCUUUACCCGCUCUGGCACUCGGGAGAGAUAUGGACCCUGCUUCCUCUUAUCAACCGGGGAAUAUCCCUGCCCGCCUGAUGGAGGAAUAAGAAAGGGUUACGAAAUGUCACGGAGCCUUAACAGCAUAGCUGGCAUAAGCGGAAAAGCGAUAGGAUUAUCCUCAGUGUCUGCGCCCUACAGCUCUCCUAGCCCAGUGAAACGUUCUUGGUCUCCCAUCCCAUCUAUUUUGUAGCAUGGAUCAGUAGCAGAGAAUGGUCUAAAAAGCUUUAUUUACAAUUAGCCUAUGCUAUGUUUCAUAUAAUCCAGGUGACUAAGUCUGAAGAUGUCAUGUCUCACAGUAGCACUUCGUGGGCAUGGUGUUACUACUGACAUUUGGUGACAACACCCUUAAAUAGUAUAAAGAUGACACUAGGUGGGCAUUAAAUAGUACUGGUGGGCCAUAUGCUGCAUGGUAUUGGUACAUAGGAUGAAGGGUGGAUGCACCAGAUAAUUUCUUUAAUGGUGCGCCAUGCUGGUAUGUGCUUAUCUUGGCUAAUGGUGGAUCCACUGGCUCUUAUGGAAUGGGAUAGGCAUUUAGUCAAUGCUGAAAUGUGCCAACGAUUGAAGAUUUUGAUUUUCUCAGGAUAUAUUUGAGCCAUAGGAACCCUGCAGGAGUUUGAGCAAACAAGCACAGUAGGAUGAAACUUUGCAUGGGCGCCUAUUAUAAGUUGAAAGCAAUACUCAGAUACACUGUAGAGAGGUCUCAGUCUGGCUGACUGCAUGGAAAAAAAAAUUCCUGUUGAAGAAGAAUAUGGCUGCCUCUGCAUGUAGCUACUCUACCUUUUCCUCUUUCCUUUAAAACUAAAAUGCCAAGCUUGAUUUGAAAAGCGCAGGAAAGAAGCUCAAGUAUUGAUUGUAUUCUUUACAUGCAGAUCUUUGCAAAGAAAGUCCUGUCAUUGCUAAAUAUAUGCCAACAGAGGCAGUCAGAGUGACUUGACAAGGCAAGAUGGAGAUGAACAUUGAUGGCUAAUAAACAUCUGUGUGGAACUGUGCAGGCAUAGAAGACCUCCUCAUUUGGACAAAGUAAACUCGCUCCAUGCAGGUUUUAAGGAUGAUUCUAUGUGGUUUCAGAGUUGUACUAGAGAUGCAGGCUUUUUCUACGGCCAAAAUGUAACAAAACUGUAGAAGAUCUCUUCUUCCUUUCUUUUUUGUUUUGUUCAUAGCAUGAAUUGCAUGAAGUAAACAAAAACUGCAAUUGUAUGAUUAACUUU